UGAUAUCCCUUCUUUCUUGUUGUUCGACCACCACGUUGGUAACAUGUUUUGGUCUCAUUUUUUCUAACUCUCGGCGUAUAUUUAUGAAAAAAGGAAAAUUGCGCGCAUUCAAGUAAACAAAAGGAAGGAAAAAAGGGUAAUUAAGAAAUUGCGUCUGUAUAAACGAAAGUUUAUGCAGAUGAAAUGCUGUGUCCGGAAAUAUGGAAUUUUAAAGCUCCGCAGCAUUCAUUGUUGAUAGAGCAAUCAAAUCAACUAAAGGAUUCUCCUUCAAUCAUCAAGACUCAUUAUUUCAAUCAUUCUGUAUCUGUCGUAUUUCCUGAGACGAUUGACGUACCAGAGGAAAUUAAAAGUAGCCUUGUACGUGAUAAGGAGUAUUACAAAAUCCAUGCUUUGUACCCGCACGAACUUGUCAGCAAGGAAUUCAUAGAGGCCUUUGUUAAGAAAGGUGAAUUGUCGCUAUUGGCGGUCGACAAGAAAAUAGACGUUCACGACACCCUGGCAAUUGUUCCAACUGGAGAAUUGGUGCUCUCAUUGACACGUGCAACUUUUCAGACUCUCGGUCUCGAGGGCAAGUCAUCAUUCUUUAAUCGCAAUCAAGACGAUACAUCAAGACACGUCGUGACACUUGAUUUGAAAAAGGAAUGUUUCGCACCGGGAAAGAAGAAUUAUGAACGCGUUAGGAAUUGCUUACAGAAUUAUUUCAAGGAUACGUUUGAUGCCAUCAUCGCUUGGGACCCACCUGAAGAUAGCAUAUGUCCUUCGUCGAUAGCUGCGUGGUUUCAUAAGCGUGGCUAUAAAAUUUCUCUCUGUCACCAAAGUGUCGUUAAUCGAACGCGAUAUUCGAUUGAUGUGCCAGUUGUUGACGAUUCCUGUGAUUAUCAUCAAUUUUUCGAAUGGCUUGGACUCUUCAGCGUCGAUGGAAAUUUAAAAAGGAGUAGAGAUUCCAAAACAAGUGAAAUUCUUACCUCAUCAUCAAUUUUUGCAUCGAGUCAAGUUCAAUAUAUCGAGGGUACAGGAUUCUUCACACGCAGAAUGGUCAACAAUGUUUACAGUGCCAUAAAAAAGUAUAUGUCAGAAAAGAAUGAUAUUCAAUGGUGUAGUAUGAAUGUACAAGGUUUUGCCGAUAGUCCCAUUAGUUGGGGAUUAAAGGAACAUCAUUUUUAUACGGACGGCGACAAUAGUUAUACAAUUGUUUUUCGUCCUGGUGGAAAGUGUAUUACACAAAAAAGCCUUAGCUCAAAUAACAAACCAAGGAUAUUUCAAUAACAUUAAAAAAAGAAACUCCAUAA